GCCAUGCAGCGGACAGAUCACUGAUUUUAAUCCAGAUAAAUAUAAGAAUGACGAACUUCCUGCCUACAUUAUCAUACAUUCUACGUGUGUUACAUUGUAAUAGGAGAAACUGUAUGAAGAAAAGACAGGACGAUCCUGUUUAUUUUAGAAAUGUGCUAAAUGAGAAGCAUUCUCGUCGUGACAGGCCAUUACAGAUUGAGGCAUGAUUGCUUAUUCAUGUCUCCCGUGGCCAAGGACAGGACGUAGAAUUGGGAUCCCACAAAACCAGACUGAGUUGGUGCAUUGAUGUGGACGGAUGUAGACAAUCUAGACUCGAACUGCAGUUUGCCAUCGGGCGUACAGGACUAUUCGGGUCGAGUGUUGUUGAAGGGUGAACACACCGAACACAGCGUUUGGCUUGUGAUUUCAUCGAAUGGAGGUUGCUGUAGGUCCCAUGCACCGAGCUCUUCCGGGAAAGUCAGUACAGAAGGGUAACACGCCUGCAGUUAAGGGGAAUUUAUGGGAUCACAAGUUUCAUCUGAUGAGAUGAGCGUACGUGCAGGGCAGGGCAGUGACGAGGUGCUGGUGUCACAAGCUGUGUGGGACUACCUGGCAGCGGCCGGGCGGCCCCUGGCUGCUUGACUUUGAGGACAACAGGGACUGAGUGCCGGCAUCGGUCCGGCGUGGGAACGGGGAGGCUGUUGUGCGGUCAGGCUCUCCCCAGCGGAGGGUAGCGGCAGGUCUCGCGCCGGGCCGACGGAGGGCCCCGUGUCCCCGGCCACUCGCCGAGCCUUUAUAGACCUGUGCCGCUGCGCGCGCAAAGAGAUGACCAAGCAGGAGGCUGCUCCCAAGAGGAAGCGUUCCCUGCUGCCCUGCGUGGCGGUGACCGAGGCAGACGGAGAAAGUAGCUUGCUCCCUCCUCCGCCCCCUCCGCCUCGCCGUUCCCAGAGGCACAGGCGCAAGUGUGGAGGUGAGGCCUGCGUACCACUGGCUGGGCAGCGUGACGCUGCGCUGAGGAGCGAUGGGGAGCUGACCGUGGACCAGCUGGGCGAGGAUGACAAUGGUAGCUGCUCCAUCUGCAUGGGCGAGAUGGUGGAGAAGACGACUCUGGAGAAGUGUGGCCACGUUCUUUUGCCGCUCGUGCUUGACCAGGCGUUCCAGGUGAAGAAGGCGUGUCCUGUCUGCCGGCUGGUUUACGGACAACUCGUCGGCAACCAGCCGGCGAAUGGGAACAUGAUGGUGGAGAGAGACCAAGAUCUGGAGCUGCCCGGACAUGAGGGAUACGGAUGCAUAUGCAUUAUCUAUAGUUUCCCGCCAGGGUUCCAGUCACAAGAGCACCCCAACCCUGGGGUGCGGUACCCGGGCACAGACCGUGUGGCGUACCUGCCUGACAGCCCCGAUGGCAACCGCGUGUUGCAUCUGUUGCGGCGCGCUUUCGAACAGCGCCUCAUCUUCACCAUAGGAACCUCCAUGACAACAGGCAUGCAAAACGUCAUCACCUGGAACGACAUCCACCACAAGACCUCCAUAUGGGGCGGACCACGAUGCUUUGGCUACCCUGAUCCUACAUACCUCGUGCGGGUGACGGAGGAACUCCGGGAAAAGGGGAUAACAGCUGACUGAGCCUCUCUGAUCCAUUACACUUUGGGUCCUCUAGGCACUGGUGAAUGGGCCAGUUCAGCUCCAUCCUCUCCAGGGGUUCGCUGAGUUAAUGCAAGACCGGACGUGUCCUGCGCCAGUGCCCCGGUCCAGAAGAUUCCACGUACACCAAGUUCGUUGUCGGCUUGUUUUUCUUUUUUGGUUAAACUUGCUCUUUGAGUGAUUCCUUAUAACUGAGUGCAGUGCAUUCCCCACAUGCCUUUUUAUUUCUCUUUUUAGAAUUGGUUUGCAAGGAGCACUUUGGGAAAAUAAGAGCAUGUGCCAUUGCACCGUUGAAUGCGGUAGCGUAUUGGGAGUGAUUGGGAAUUCCCUCUGGUGUGUUAGGGAAGAAAACUGAAAAUGAUUGUUUUUGCUUGUUUAGCCUUUGCGUACCUUCUGUCCAGCCAGUUCCCGUGUUCUGUUUAUAGUUUGCCAAGGUCUGGGUGAGGAUGGAGCUGUUGGAAGGAAAUGGCUUACCGUAGCUUUACUGGUAAAGCGGCUUAUUUUAGUGGCUUAUUUUAGUUUGGUUUUGGUCUUCUUAAGCAGCACUAUGAGGCACUUUGCAUUGAAGGAAGAGCAUUAAUAAUAGAGAAGCUGCGCAGAUUAGUUGAGUUCGGGGUCUUCCACAUGGCAAGUGGUACGUGAUAUUUUUCCAGGCAUUGCUGGCUGCCAGGUGCCAGUCCUGGAACCAGCUGUGGAACAGGCCUUCUGAGUCUUGGAUCUUCUUAAAAUUUCCUAUUUGUCUCGCACAGAGAAAAGCUUACAGUCCUAAAUUUCAAGACCAGGUAAUGAACAUUUCACAAUCGCUGUUACUAUCAGGUCAAGUUUUGAAUUCAGGAGCAACAAAGAUAACAAGCAAAGCCACACCCCCCCAUCUGAAAUGGCCAAAGGGUCCGUUCGCUGUCAGUGUAGCGUCUGCUGUGGCCACCUAGGAGUGUUCACCUCAGUGUUUUUGCAGGUAUUGAUUGGAGAAUUAGUGACGACUACCAGAUUUAUAAAAUGAUGUCAUUUUAAAAGGUCCUGUAGACCACCCCAAGCAAAAUGAAAGACACAAUUUAAUCAUUUAAUCUUUAUGCCUCAACUCCACCAAAUGCUAAGCAUUGGAUUUAUUUUUGUUGUUUGUGUGAGUGUGGGAGUGUGUGUGAGUGUGUGUGUGUGUGUGUGUGUAUGUGAGUGUGAGUGUCUGUGUGUGUGUGUAUCAGUAAACUGGUUUCAUUUAUACUGACACAUGAUAGUGUUUUACCAAGUGACCAACUGAAUAUUUGAAAUAUAUGCACCAGUCUGUGAUAAGAAAAUAUGCAGUAACUUUUAUUUUUAUUCUUAGUGUUCCUGCACCUUCACCUCGAGGCUACUGCAUGUUCUUUCCAAUGAUAAACAUUUGUCCAUAGUAGAUAUUAAGCUGUUCACUAGUUAGAAGUCAGCUUGUUUGGCUACACUGCACAAUGCAUUGUAGCUCAUAAAAGCAUAUGUGCUCUAGAAUUCAUAUGUGCUCUAGAAUUCAAUUUGCUUCACAGAUUAUUUCAGAAAAAAAAAAAGAUAUUCCAAAAUGUCAGGAAUCAGGUUAGGUAUGCCUUGCUCUAAUAAGAACAAUUCAUUUCAGUAAUCCCAUAAAUUCAAAAGGAAAGGAAUAAAUGAUUGUCUGUAAAGGUGAUUAAAUAUUUUCUUUGGUUUUCCUUGCUUAUUUGUUUGUUGGGACCAAUUCAAAGAAGGUUUUGAAUGAUAACCUAUAUCAUGCAAAAUUCUAUGCACUUCAAGUUAGGUGGGGAAAAUAGGCAUCUUCAGAAUCCUGAUUAUUAAUCAGAAUUGAUUAUUUGCCUUUGUGUUGAUUCUGUAUUGAUUUGUACAUGACAAAACUGUCUGCUACAAUAUAAAAUAUGUGCUUUACAUUUUCAUACUUGAAUAAAGAGUUCUGUUCAGUU